AUGGUGUGUCUUCUUGGGAAUAAUGUUCUGCUACGAGUACUUCAUCCUCAACAGUUUCGCAUGCCAAAACCUCAUAAAAAUCAUGGUAGUGGCGUGCUUGGAGACGAUUGGAAUUUUAGCAGUAGGAGUAGCAGCAGCACGGAGUAUUUGUGCACCUCAAGAACGUCCACUUCGUGUGCGUCCACCGUGCCCGGGCGCCUCGAG